UCCCACACGUGUGUCAUAAUCUAUCCGUUAACCCUAAUUUCCCUCUCCUACCCCCUCUCUCUCUCUCUCCCUAACGUCUCUUUUCCAAGAAAAAAAAGAAAACGUAAAAAAAAAGAAAAAAAUAAAUUAAAAAAACUCGAAAAAAAUGGGAAAGCUAAUCUGCGACUCCACGGCGUCGUCUCCGGUGAUCCCAUGGCGCGAUCCGACCACCACCCCCUCCGCCGAUCAGGCGUCGGUGCCGCCGCCGGAGAUCGCGUGGGAGAGCGUGCCGGGGCUGGAGGACCAGCAGAAGCGGCACCUCACGCGCCUCUACACCAAGGGGGUCCUGUGGAAGCAUCCCGAGGACAAGAGCCUCAACAUUGUGUUCCGCCUCGUGCACGGCGGAGAGGUCGAGGCGGACGGGAACUGCCUCUUCACGGCGGCGCGUAAGUCCAUGGGGAUCGAUUGCGCGGCGCGUGAGCUGCGGCUGAGGACGGUCAAGAGAUUCGUCGAGGAUCUUGGAUCGGUGGACGUGGAGACGAGGAGGUUCAUCGAAUCCGCGAUUAGGAACAUGUACGCGCCGGAUCUGAAGUCGGGGUGGGGGAUCCAUGUCGUCCAGGAGGUUAAGAUGCUGGCGAAGAAGGAAGAUCGGGAGAAAUUGGAUUCCGCCAUUGAUGAGCUGGUUCAGCUAGGUAUGCAGAGAGAAAUGGCUGCUGAGUCUAUUUACAAAGAAAGAUGUAUAGCUGUGGAUGAUGGGCUGAGUUGGGCCAAGUACAUGUCAAUAUCAGGAUCCGGUGAGGACGAAUACCAUAUCAUCAAUCUGCAGUACACGGAGGAGGGUCUACUGACGGUUGAUGAGAACAGAAAUGGCCAUUCCGCGGCCUUUGGUGAUGACAUAGCCAUAGAGUGCCUCGCUACUGAGUUCAAAAGAGAAAUCUUUGUGCUGCAAGCGCACGGAUCAGAUGCAAUGGUUGACGAAGACAACUGUGUGUUCUUCUUGCCUCAUCGGCCAAGAAGUGAGAUUUGUGAGGCGCCGUUGUUUCUGUUCAUGAAAGGGACGGGAUGGUGUGGAGCCGGAGCAGAUCAUUACGAGCCUUUGGUGGCGCAUCGGUCAGUGCUGAGCUCGAUGGAGAAAGUAGCCUUGGUGCUCUAGAGGGUUUGGUUUAACCAUUUUUGUAGGCUAUUGUUGGGAAGAUUGGGAUCGAUUCUUUUCUAAUUAUUCAAGUUUUGGUUGACAAGAUUUGUGAUUUAUUUUUUGUUUUUUGGCAUGGGAAGUUGUAGUUUUAGAGCGGCCUUUUGUUUUUGUAGUGUAUUGUGAGGGUAGUUUAGAACUGAAACUGAUCUUCUGUUGUAUUGUGGGAAUGAGCAUUCUCUUCAUUCUAUUCAACUUGGACUUUUUUCAUUUUAUAAUAUCGUGAAAUCAGGUUUUUA